AUGGUGUUUGCUGUUUCUACCACUGCCACUGAGGGCGUAGCGCCAAAGACCCUGACUGUUCGCGAGGUCUAUCAGCCUCCUUCAGCCAUUCACAGCAAUGGACGUGUGGUGCCAAUCAAACAUGAGACUCAGGUAGACUUCGGAGCGGAGGUAUACGGUAUCGAUCUCAACAACUUCACUUCAGCCGAUUUCGAUCUCAUCUCCGACGCCGUCCACCGUCACAAGCUGCUUGUAUUCAAAGAGCAGCCGGAGAUGUUGACACCUCAACAGCAAUACCGUUUGACUUCGUGGUAUGUCUUCAACGCUUAUUACCUUUUCCCCCCUGCUGAUAAUCUGUUGUUCAAUAGCUUUGACCCCGAAGAAAAGACGGGAGGCUUUGCCCACGGCGCCGACCCAGUCCUUCACUCUGACAAGGGAGUCACGAUAUAUGGUCUCCCCAGUCGACCAGCCAUCAACGCUCAACCCCAGGUUCACAUUCUGGGGCGCGGCGAAGUUCCCAAGGACCAUUUCGAUUUCCCACCAGGAUUCAAAGUGAAGGGGAUUGACCACGUCAACUUCCACCUUCCACCCCACACCCCGCAGGAGGAAAGAGAUGCAGGAUCCAGUCGCUUCUACCAAUGGCACUGGGAUGGAUCCCUCUAUAAGAUUCCUCCACCGCGUGUAGGUUGUCUUCUGGCCGUGCGCACGCCCAAGGGCCCCGAUGUCACUGUGCACUGGGGCGAUGGGACGGGAAGAACAAUGGACAUUGCGCCAGGGGCAACGGCUAUGGUCGCUGGGUCAAGGGCACUGCAACUCUUAGAUCCGGAGUUGCGCGAGAUCGUCCUCAACAGUCGUAUUGAGUAUGCGCCGCACGCAUUCCAGUGGAUGUCCACGGCGCGUAGCACUCAGCUUGGCCACCUUAUCGAAACUGAGGGCCGGGAAAUGCCGCUAGACAGGCUUUCACCGUGGACGGAGGAUGAGAUCUGUGUGUAUCCCAUGGUUUGGACUAAUCCUGUGACCGGGGAGAAGUCACUGCAGGUUCACGGCCAGGGAGCAUUCAAGCUGUAUCUGAAAAACAAACCCGAUGGCGAAGAAACAGUUGUAAAGGAUUUGAAAGAAGUUCGCGCUUUUAUGGACAAAAUCAUGAGUCCCGUUUUGUCCCCAGAAAAUAUUUACGCGCAUCCUCAUCAGGAGCAGGAUGUCAUUCUCUGGUACAACCGGGCAUUGUGGCAUAGCAUCACUGAGUUCCCAGAGGCAUAUGGGCCGAGAAUUAUGCAUCAGUGUAAUGUUGCAGCUUCAGAUCAUCCUUCGAUGUAG